AUGGCCCUAAAUGACACAGAGCUAGAAUACGUGAAAGCUGUCUGUGUUCCUCUUCUUUCGAGGAGAAUGAUCAUGAUCGUUUCUGGAGACAUUUCCUUGAAGAUGAAAAAUCAUUGCCCCUACGUUCAACUGCAGGAUGGCUACCAAGUUCCCAUGGUCGGCUUUGGAACUUCGCAGGCCAUGAAUGACGUCGCGGAGGCCGCUGUGAGUUGUGCCCUGGACGCUGGCUAUCGAUUAAUCGAUACGGCCGCUUUCUACGACAACGAGGCUGCCAUCGGAAGGGCGUUGCAUCAGAAGUGUCUCACCACCAACCUUCGACGCGAAGAUGUCUUCGUCACGUCAAAGCUUCCAUCCAGGGGCCUCUGCGGCGUUCCCAUGAUGGCAUUGAAUGCAUUAUAUUGA